CCUUCCCCAUCACAGAUUUAUAUAGUGAGUCCAAUGGUCGGUGAUCCUGUUGGGAAACUGUUUCUGAAACCUCCGUUCCUUUGGAAGCUUCAGUACUUCCUGUGAUUGUCAUCCGGUCUUCAGAAGCUGUUUAUUCUGUGCCUUUUGAGUUGAAAUUUAAUUUAAGAAAACGAGUAAAUUUACAUUAAUAGAGUCGAAGAGUAUGGAGAGUGAGAAUGUCUGUAAUGUUGCAUGUUCAGUAUAUUCAACGAAGGUUUGUUCAUCCUGGAAUUUUGAAAACCACUCAAAGUUUGCAUUCUCUUCCCAGAUGCAUUUAUUAAUAUUUAUGGGUUUCAGGGGCUUUCUAGAAGUUUUUUAGAAUGUGAUGCAAACUUUGUUUGGUCUUUAAAUUUACCUUGUCAGAAAUUAUAACAGUCAAAUUCAAUGCUUUUACUUGAAGGCAAUAUGAGAAGCUGCAGUUAUGUCAUACUGCUCAUAUAAUUAUAAAUAAUUGUCAUCUAGCAGCAAUACUCUAGAUCCCAUCACCACCAUGAUGGGAGUUCAAAUGAUUUAUACUUCUGCCCAUUGUUUUUAUUAUACUUUAACCUUCUCAUCCUCCUUGAUUUUGUUUCACAAUUCAGACAUUUCUUAUUACCAAGUUGGCAAUUUCGUAAUCUAAUAUAGGGAACUGUUCGAGUAUGAUUGGACUAUGCCAUUUUAUUGCGGUGAUAUAUGUUUACGAUCUUUUACGCUCAUUUGAAUCUGCCGCUUCUGCACUGUCAUUUGUUUCGAGACAGGCAGCGCCGCUGCGGCAUAAUACAAAGGUUCGGUAAUUUGCAGGCAGCGUAGUGCGCAUGAAAUUACGCCUUAGUGGUCAUGGCCGAUUGUACGUUAUCAGUAAUCAUAAUUAUUGCUUACGCAAAUGUCAUUCAUACUCCUAUGACCAUGGUCGAUCCCAUGACAAGUCCUUCGCUCUGUUUCGCGUUGGAGUUACGGCUAGCGACGGUCUGAAGACGUUCUGUGAAACAGGGCAGUCUGACGGCUUGGAGGCGCAGAGUCAGGGUGAAGGAGGUGUGUUUGAUGAAUUCAACGGUCCAGCUAUUUCUACAGGGCAGGGGAACUCUCGAACCGAAUUCUUCGUGGACGGAAACCACACCAAGGUCUCUGUUGCCGUUCGGAUCGUACCUUCUCCUGACUGGUUCGUGGGACUUGACAGCUUGGAGUUGUGUAAAAAUGGAUUUUGGAUUGAUGCUCUAUCGGUUCAGGCGGGUCCGAUGGAUGCCGGUACAGACAGUGGGUUCACAUUUACAGCACCUAACUGGCCAAGUGAACCACGGCAGAAGAUCAGCCACAUUACAGCGCAAGAGCCCAGCCAUCCCGCCAACUCAUUCCAUUACCCCGACAAGAAACGACUACCGCCCAUCGCAACCUUCCAUUUCCACAAGGACAAAGUGUACCGGCUGAGUGAAGAGACCCGUCACUCGCCCAAUGACAUCCAAGUUUACACAGUGGACGACUUGGAGGCGGUACUGCGUCAGGAUGAUAUCAGCAAUGAUGUCCUGCCAUCUAUCGUGCACGAGCAGACCCAGCGUCCGAAAUUGAACAAGCAUCGACGGAUGAGGAAGGGGGCGCGUCGGGCAGUGGCAUGCCAGGUGGGCGAGUGGGAAACCUGGUCACCGUGCAGCGUGUCUUGUGGCAUCGGAGAGUCCGUAAGAAGUCGACAGGUUCUGAAACGCUCCCGCCGGGGGGGUCAACCUUGCCCUCCUCUGACUGAGACCAAGUGGUGCGGUGAACACACGGCCUGUCCUCAAAGGUUUUUCAACUGGUGACCCUUCUUCCACACUGCAUACUAACGACAAAACGAGCAAUUGAAAACACUUCUAACCAAAAAGUCAGAUUGGAGUCUACUGGCUUUCUUGUUUGAAUGCAGACACUGCACUGAUGUUUGAUGUUCAGAUGGUGCUGUGGUGAAGCUUGUAAGGUGUGAUGGAAGAUGGGAGGGGUCAAGAAACUGCCACUGCUUUUUGUAGCAGUGCUUGACUCUAAAUUACCAGACACACACAUAAAAUGCCUAUCCUGAACAGUUCAUAAAUGUGAGUUGUGAAAAAGGAAAUCCUUCUUCUUUUUCUGGCUUAACAAUGUUUGUACAUUUUCCGGUACCCUUUUACGGGUCCCAAAUUUUUCAUUAGCUUUGAUCUAUAGACAUUUGGUAGGACUCCUUGGACGAGGGAUCGGCCCGUCGCAAGGCCUCUACCUGUACACAGGACAGCACGACACAGAAAAAAUCCAUGGCUUGAGUGGGAUUAGAACCCACAGUCCCCACGACCAAGCGGCACAAGGAUAAAGGAAAUACUGGUCUUCAAAAAAAUCUAGGGUCACUGCUUUGAAACUUCCUGAUAUGUGAGAUAUUUCAUUACGGAAGGAAAUCCACUCAUUUUCAUAUCUACGUAGUUAAUGAAAGAUGUGAGGUUGUCAUGGCAACAAGUAUGUCUGGGUUGUAGUGCUGUGUAGUUGUAUAGUUGAUGAUUUACUUUUAUGUUUUGACCAGCUAUUUCUCUUCUUAUUUAUGACAAAUCAUGUUUUUCUACAUGUAACAUGAUCUCAUAUGAAUAAUAUAAAUGUAAUGGUUUACGCAGACGCUGAAGGACUGGUUCGAAAGGUUUAAAAAUCAAGAUAUUGGUCUUAGUCCUUCAUCUAAAUGUUCUUACAAAUGUUUUGGCAUGGCAGAAGAAGAGAUGAUAUGAAGAUUUCUGUCUUCUGGUUUGUUGCACUGUGUAGUCUGGUCGAUGACGGAGGCAGUAUGACCUCUGAAACGUUGGUAAACAUCGACCAGACUACACAGCGCAACAACCCAGAAGACAGAAAUCUUCAUACUCACCACUGUGAAAACCUCAAAUCAUACAAGAGACGACACGGUUAACAUAAAAAUUAUUUGUCAAGAAGUAAGGUUAACAUGAUGAGUAAACUGUAAAGGAAAACAGCAAUCAUUAAACAGGUCAGCCUUCUAGUUCUUUUUGCUGUAGUUCUCAUAAAGUCAAUCAGAGUAACCUGAAAUUCCAUACUGUUUAAGAACUGCCAAUAUUUUACUAACCCUUUACGGCUCAAAUUAUUGAUAUAGAAAACUUGUAAUGGGUUCCGUUUAUUUUAUUUCAAUUUAAAAUGUGGACUGGAACUUGAUUGCCCUAGUGAUUAAAACUAUUGUAAAGAAUCACAUCCAAGGGCAAAUUUAUUUGAACAAUUAAGAAACGACAUUGUUUUUAAAUGUGGACUGAGUCAAAUUGAAACUCUGAAAAGGUUAAGGUAGACUGGCACAGUGAGGUUUUAUUUAAAUAUUGGGCUACCAGCCAUGUUAGUGGUUGAAUGGAGAAAACACCAACUGAAUUUCAGUACCCUGAGGAUGAGGAUGGUUCUUGAAAUGUUGGUGUUUUCUCCAUUCAACACCCUGACAUGGCUUGGUAGCAAGAGAAGAAUUCAUUAUACUUAGUCACCAUGAGAGCUUCAGAUCAUACAAAUAUCCAUUGCUUCUGCUUUUGUUUCUCGUCGUGUUUCAGCAUAAAAUGUUUUAAAAUAUGAUUUAUAAUUUUAUGCAUUGUUUUGGCAUCUUUUCUUUUUCCUUUCAUAAUGUGAUUAUUUGAGAAAAUUAUUGCCUUGAUCUGUACAUAAAUUUUCCUUCUGAAUUUACCUCACUUCCCAAAUAAGCAAAUUUCUCUACCUCUUUAACCAAUGUCUCAUUAACUCUUAUUCUGACUCUCUUUGAAACUGUCAAAUUCAAAAGUGAUAUGCAUAUAUUAAUGUUAUGAUGCAUUGCCUUCUUUUGUCUCGUCUAACAUUAACACAGUUUUGAAAGUAUUAUUACUGUCUCAGCUGCACUGAAGUCCCUUGUGGUAAGUAGACUGGUGAAAAGCAGGUGUAGGCAUGAUCAGGUUAAGUAAGCAUAAAAAUUCAUAAACAAUUUAUAUUCAAAAAAUAUUAAUUUUGUUGUCAUAUUGGUGAACUUCCUAAGAUAUGAUGUAAAAUAUAUGUACCUUAUGACAGGUUUUAUAGAAGUUAUAUUUUCGUGUAAAUCAAAAAUAUACUAGAAGGUUGGUUAUCAUUCA